UCACCUACUCUCAGAUGUGAGUCAUUUACAUUAGCAAGAGAGCAAGUUGCUCAAGCUGUUCGGAGCAGGACAAUCUCAAAGGACACCCUCAAGGGGCCCAGGGGAGAACCCACUUUCUCCAACAGGGGAGAAAAAUGCUUAUUUCUCAUGCUGUGCGAGAAAACCCACUUCUCUGUCAACUAUAGUUUCAAGGCUUAUUCUUAAUUAGAGUUGAGGAGCCUGUUUCAACUUGAAGACACCGUAUCAGGUGAAUGGACACCCAGACACCGCAAUGAAAGGAGAAACCAAAAGAAAAAAGAUAAUUUUCUGUCCAAAUUGCUUCAUUUUGAUAAAAACAUCUCAAUCUUUUCAUCGUGCCACAACGAACAGGGUGAUCCUCAUUCCAAUUCCUUCAGAGAUCAUGUUAAAACAUGUCCGGAAAGGCACUGAGAAAACCGCCCGGCUACCGACAAAGGGCUCCAACACCUUAGUUCGGCCUCACAUUCAAACUGUAAGGUAGCUUUUGCUUCACUGAGAAAAACAAAAAACAAGCAUGAAGAUUUGAACUUGCUGAAUUUAUAACAAAGACAUGAAAAGAUAGGACUCAAGCCAAUAAUAAUCUAUGCCGAACCCUGCCCUCAGUCAUCCUCAAGUGUUUCCUGACACGUAUUUUUGCUUCCAGUCCAUCACAGCUAAAGAAUGGGGCUCAACCUGACACUUGCAAAACUACCAGAUAAUGAGCUGCACAGCCAAGGGAGUCAUGCUCCAAGUAACAUGAGUGAUGGACCCGGAAAGAACACCACUGUUAACAACGAGUUUGACACGAUCGUCUUGCCUGUGCUUUACCUCAUUAUAUUUGUAGCAAGCAUCCUGCUGAACGGUCUAGCAGUGUGGAUCUUCUUCCACAUUAGGAAUAAAACCAGCUUCAUAUUUUAUCUCAAAAACAUAGUGGUUGCUGACCUCAUCAUGACGCUGACAUUUCCAUUUCGAAUAGUGCAUGACGCAGGAUUCGGACCUUGGUACUUCAAGUUUAUCCUCUGCCGAUACACUUCAGUUUUGUUUUACGCGAACAUGUACACAUCCAUCGUAUUUCUUGGGCUCAUAAGCAUCGAUCGCUAUCUGAAGGUGGUCAAGCCGUUUGGGGACUCUCGCAUGUACAGCGUAACUUUCACAAAGGUUUUAUCUAUUUGUGUUUGGGUGGUUAUGGCUGUUCUGUCCUUGCCUAACAUCAUUCUAACAAAUGGCCAACUAACCAAGGAAAAUAUUCACGACUGCAUGAAACUCAAAAGUCCCUUGGGAGUCAAAUGGCAUGAAGCAGUCAUUUACGUCAACAGCUGCCUCUUCGUGGCUGUGCUGGUGAUCCUGAUCGGAUGUUACAUAGCCAUAUCCAGGUACAUCCAUAAAUCCAGCAGGCAAUUUGUAAGCCAGUCAAGCCGAAAGCGGAAACAUAACCAGAGCAUACGGGUGGUUGUGGCAGUGUUCUUUACCUGCUUUCUACCCUAUCACUUGUGUAGAAUUCCUUUUACUUUCAGUCACUUAGACAGACAUUUAGAUGAAUCUGCACACAAAAUUCUGUAUUACUGCAAAGAAAUGACACUUUUCUUGUCUGCAUGCAAUGUGUGCCUGGAUCCAAUAAUUUACUUUUUCAUGUGUAGGUCAUUUUCAAGAAGGCUAUUCAAGAAAUCAAAUAUCAGAACGAGGAGUGAAAGCAUCAGGUCACUGCAAAGUGUCAGAAGAUCGGAAGUCCGCAUAUAUUAUGAUUAUACAGACGUGUAGGAGUUACAAAGGCCAUGAGGCCUCCUUAUUUGUUGGAGUCAAAGUGUACAGAAUGUAAAUAAAUGUUUCUUUUGAUUA